CUUUGAAACCGUUAUGGAAGAUCUUGAUUUUGUUAAAAAGAGACUUGCUUCAGUCCAAACAGCCCCUCUAUGUCGUACGUUUAGUCCCGUAUGGAAACAAUUAUCCUGUGCUGACGUGGCUGCAAGACACGCUAAAGGUUUAUGUUAUAAUUGUGACGAACAAUGGAUCCGAGGCCAACAUCGCUGCAAACGUCUGUUUUACAUAGAAAUUUUAGAUUUCGAAGAUCCACACUAUACACCAUCUCCUUUACCGCAACCAAUAACUCAGACGCCUCCGCCAUCGGAUAAGAUUUUGCAGCCCACAUCUCUACCAUCUCCAUCGUUGCCAGAAAUCGAACUGUUUCCACUGCAAAAGUUGAGGCUUGAACCAGUAGCGUCCACAUCUAAAAUUGUAUCUCAACAGUCCUCAUUGCCUCCACAUCUACCAGAUAAGUUGAUAGUAAAUCCUUUGCCAAAUCUGGUAGCCCAAAAGUUUCUGGUAACUCCACCAGAAAAGAUCUACAACUCUCCACUACACUUAAUUCCGUGCAAGUAUUUAAAGAAUGAAGGCCUUGGAGAAUCGAAGAGGAAAAAAUGUCAUGAUGUCCUAGAACUGCAUGUCAAACACAUCCUCCUUCACAUUAUCACACAUGGUUGUUUAUUCGUUUAUUUCCCAAUGAUGCCGUUUGAUCGUGGAAAAGGUGGACACUAUCGCCGGUUACUUCCCUUCAAGCUUGAGGACAAGCUUGAUGUCCAAGAGGGGAGUAAUGAUAUGGGAGAAGAAGUCAAGAAAUAAUACAUUAUUAAUUUUAUUAUCAUUAUUACUAUUAUUAUUAAUACUAUAUCUGCUUUAGGCAGCUUCUUAAUUAGCAUUUAUCUCCUUCUAUAAUUAGUCAUAUUCUGCUUUAGGCAGUUUCUUAAUUAGCAUUUAUCUACUUUUAUAAUUAUUCCUAUUUUGCUUUAGGCAACUUCUUAGUUAGCAUUUAUUUCCUUUUCUAAUUAGGACUCUUGUAAUAGCUAUAUAAGGGACAUCCAUAUUAUACAAUAGAGAGCUUGGGAAGAAUUAAUUCUUUUGUGUCUUGACAAGGUCGGGCACAAAUUAAUUCUAGCUUAGGCUUAUUUUAUUAUUCUCCUCACAUAUUCUCUAUUUCCUAGAUCUAACACGAGAUCCCAAUCACGCCUGUAACAUUUUCCUAGAUCUCUUCCUUACCUGGGAAUCAAAUCCACAUGGCCACAACGCAGGAACACUUCGCCAGAUGUCUCCCAUGGGCCAUGUCCGCAGGUUAUUUGCGCUUUGAUGCUCCUCUGCUCUGCUCGAAAUAUCUCCAGAAGGUGACAAUCUCAGAGGAGAGGAAAUGAAUUAGUUGGAGAGUGAGGCUCAUGGAUGGGUGGUGGCGGUGGUUUGCUUGAAGGGUGUCAGCCUCAACAAAGGGCAAUGAGUGCAGUGGUUGGUAAAGGAUGUAUAACUGCUAGGCCACUGCAGUAGGAUGUAUGCGGCACUGCUAUGGGGAUUGCGGAUGGUUCUGCGAUGAGGAUGUCAAAAGAUCAUUAAGGGUAAUUUUGUCAGAUUAGAUCUAAUUAGUCCUAUUUUUGACCAAUAAAACAUAGUAGUCCUAUUUUUGAAAUUCUACUUUUUGUCCUAUUUAGGGAAUUCUCUCAAUUUUAUACUAUAUAAAUGAUGAAUUAUUUUUUCGCUGCAUUCCCUAUUUCAAA